UGCCGUAAGGCGAAGACCACCUCCAAAAUCUUUCACUCCCUUUUUCCGGUUAUCUUUCUGAGGACGCACCUCCGCGCUGACCUCCGCGAAAACCAGUUUUUCUCCUUCUUCCCACAUCAAGAAAUCUCCCGAAUCCCCUGCACACUCGCGGGCUCUCGUCGUUCUUGUGAUGGAGGACGUCGUAGGGUUCGAUGGUUUCGACAGAUGCCCGGAAGCCCUCGAUCCGAAGCCCCCUCCUUUCAACCGGGAUGAGGUCGAAUCUCUGGACAAAGGAGAUCAAGAUUCUUCCUUGGAGGGCGGCGACGACGGGGGUUUGAUAGAUUCUGUGCUCUGCGAUCCCGGUUCGAGACUAAUUCGAGGCGGGUUCACGAAGCCGGCGUCUCCUGAGGAAUAUGUGAUGUUUCUAAAUGCCGGAGGUGAGGCUUCAAAUCAAGUAGAUUCCUUCAUGAAGUUUCAUGAUGAUGCUUUCUACGAAGGAGGUGAUGCUUUGAGAACCAAUGAAAUCAUAGUCGAUUCUGGUGAUUAUCCAUUUGUUUAUCAAUCAGCACGAUUUGGAAAUUUUAGUUACCGCAUCGACAGUUUUCAUCCUGGAGACUAUUUCGUUGAUCUUCAUUUUGUGGAAAUUAUAUUCACCAAUGGACCCAAGGGCAUGAGGGUUUUCAAUGUAUUCAUGCAGGAAGAGAAGGUCCUUUCCGAUUUUGACAUUUUCAGAGUUGUUGGAGCCAAUAAGGCAUUGCAACUAGUUGAUUUUAGGGUAUCUGUGAAGGAGGACGGCAUAAUUGCAAUAAAAUUUGAAGGGGUUAAUGGAAGCCCGUUGGUAAGUGGGAUUUGCAUUAGGAAAGCGCCAGAGGUGUUGGGUACUCGAGGGACUGGUGAAUGUAUAAAGUGCAAUAAUUGCUGUACCGAGAUAGAGAUUCCUCUAGAACAGAAGAAGAUUAUGCAAACAAAGUUAACAGCCAAGUUUGAGAGGCAGAUUAAAGAUCUUUCCGUGCAGAACAACCGCAAAACAGAUGAAUGUUAUCAGGCUUGGAUGUCACUAACCACAGCAAAUGAACAGUUGGAGAAGUUUAAGAUGGAACUUGACAUAAGGACAUUUGAGAAGCGUAGUUUGGACCAAGUUGUUGAAAAACAAGAUGAGAAUUUGAGGAACUUAUCCAGCAAGUACGCGCAUGAUAAGCAGUUCUGGGCCUUGGCAGUUCAUGACCUAGACAAGAAAAUAAAGAUCAUGAAGAGAGAGCACUCUCAGCUUUCUCGAGAAGCACAUGAAUGUGCUGAUUCAAUUCCCGAGUUGAACAGCAUGGUCUCUGGAGUCCAAGCACUAGUCGCACAGUGUGAGGAUCUCAAAAUGAAGUACAGUGAAGAACAAACAAAGAGAAGGAAACUUUAUAACCAGCUUCAGGAGACAAAAGGAAAUAUCAGGGUGUUUUGUCGCUGUCGUCCGUUAAGUAAGGAGGAAGUAUCAGCUGGGUGUGCAACCAUUGUGGACUUUGACGCUGCAAAAGACGGAGAUCUUGGCAUUUUGACAGGUGGUGCCACCAGAAAGACUUUCAAAUUUGACAAAGUCUAUACACCAAAAGAUGACCAAGUCGAUGUCUUUGCGGAUGCUUCACCAUUGGUACUCUCUGUGUUGGAUGGCUACAAUGUUUGCAUAUUUGCUUAUGGGCAGACAGGAACAGGGAAGACAUUUACAAUGGAGGGCACCGAACAAAACCGAGGAGUCAACUACCGGACUCUGGAGCAACUGUUCAGAACUGCUGAGGAAAGGAGCGACACAUUUGUCUAUAAUAUAUCCGUCAGUGUUCUUGAAGUCUAUAAUGAGCAGAUAAGAGACUUAUUGGCUACAGCACCAACUUCGAAAAAAUUGGAGAUAAAACAAGCAUCUGAGGGUUUUCACAAUGUUCCUGGGAUUGUAGAAGCCAAAGUUGAGAGUACUAAGGAAGUCUGGAAUGUACUGCAGACUGGAAGCAGUGCUAGGGCUGUUGGAUCUAAUAACGUUAAUGAGCAUAGUAGUCGAUCUCACUGCAUGCUAUGCAUAAUGGUAAGAUCAAAGAACUUGAUUAGUGGAGAGUGCACAAGGAGCAAGCUCUGGCUUGUAGAUUUGGCUGGUAGUGAGAGGCUGGCAAAGACUGACGCGCAAGGAGAACGGCUCAAAGAAGCUCAGAACAUCAACAAAUCUCUUUCAGCUUUAGGAGAUGUCAUAUCUGCUCUGGCAAAUAAAUCCAGUCACAUCCCUUACAGGAACUCCAAGUUGACACACUUGCUUCAAGAUUCGCUAGGUGGCGACUCCAAAACUCUGAUGUUUGUGCAAAUUAGUCCAUCAGAUAAGGACUCGGGGGAGACUCUGAGUUCAUUGAAUUUCGCGACUCGGGUUCGAGGGAUUGAGCUGGGUCCUGCUAAGAAGCAAAUUGAUCCUAACGAGCUUCAAAAGAUGAAAGCAACGCUUGACAAAGCGAGGCAGGAGUCCAGAUCCAAAGAUGAAUCUCUGAGAAAGCUAGAGGAGAACCUACAAAGCUUAGAGAAUAAGACCAGAAGCAAAGAUCAGACGUACAAAGUUCAACAAGAGAGAAUAAAAGAACUAGAAGAUCAACUUCAGCUAAAGGCAUCCUUGCAAAAUCAGUCGGAGAAACAAGUCCUACAACUAUCAGAUAAAUUGAAGGGAAGGGAAGAAACGUUCUGUGUUCUCCAGCAAAAGGUCAAAGAGCUUGAGACCAAACUUAGAGAGCGAGAACAAUCAGAAUUUGCAAUAUUGCAACAAAAGCAGGUCAAGAAUCUUGAAAGCAAGCUGAAGGAGCAAAUGCAGGAGUCUGAGCAUCAUGCGCUUAUGUUCCAAGAGAAGAUAAUAGAACUGCAGAGAAAAUUGAAAGAACGAGAGGAUAAUUCAGAAUCAUUGGUGCUCCAUCAGAAGAUCAAGGAGCUUGAGGAGAAGCUGAGGCAAAAGGAGCAAGAAAUGCAGGGUAAGCUGACUCAGGAUUAUGCUGAUGGGAUAAGGGCAACACCAAUAAUUGGGAAAACUGGCUUGAAUGAUGGAAAUUUGGGUGAAAUUGAGGCUCGUAUCCUAAGAAGUACGAAUUCAGUGAAUCGCCCAGUUAGUCAGGGUUCUGUUUUCUCUGGUGGGUACGAAUCUCUUUAUGACCGAACUAGGAAAAGGAACUCUAGAAGUGGAGAGACCGAGAACUUUCUACCAAACGCUUCAAGUGACAAGAGAGGUAGAAAAUCUGACCCGCCUAAAGUCGCCAAGGUAACAAGACCAGUGAAGCUGGCCACAAAUGCCCAAGGACCCUUUACCAGUACUAGCAGGAGAUUUAGCAGAGACCAAGUUCAAGGUCCAAAAGAAAAAGACAACAAGAAAAAGAUCUGGUCAAGAUGAACUCUUCACUUGUACUAGUGUAUGAUCCAACAAUUAUACUUUUCUUGCGUGCUUUUGAAUAUAUACACAUGUAUAUUAACUACUCCAUGUAGUUUUUAGCGCAUGAACUGGAAGCAAAUAUUAGCCAAGGAAAUGAGCCGUUCGAAUAUGAUUAACAUAUUUUAUAACAUUUGAGUA